UACAAACAAACUCAAUGCUCUCCGAUUUUGUUUACAAAUAGAAAGGUUUUGAAGAGGUUAAAUAUUAAAAUACAACUGUGCCAAAUACAAUUCGGCGCAUAAUUGUCGGUUAGAUGUCGAACCAAAAUAAUGCUCCAAAGCAAGAUCAUAAUAAAUUUAAUUUACGAUUGCUUCAAAGAACUGAUACAAUAAAUACAAAAAUUAGAGAAAAAGGGUUGGAAAAUCAAAGAAAUUUUCAUGUUUUGGCAGCACAUAAACCAGGACCAAGCAAACCAGCCGACAAUAAAGAGCCACCUAGAGAUACUUUACCAUAUGUGAAUCGCCCUAAAGGUGUACCUGUGACAUUUUUGUUGAAUCAAGAUUUUCAAGGGGCUAUAACCCCUCAAGAAGGACCAAUGGAUGAACCAAAUCGUACAGUGUCUGAGCAACUAAAUACAUAUGAUCAAUCAACAUUUCUUCAAGCUAAGCCAUCUUUCAACCAACCAAUCCAAAUGCAACAAUCUAAUCAAAUUUAUGGUUAUUCUAUGGGGCAACAAAUGCUUGGACAAGCACAAAUCUUUGGUCAACAACAAAUGCUUUUUCAACCGAUGUAUGGUCGAUCAAUACUUGGUCCAGCACCCCAAAUGUUAACUCAGCCAGCUGAAAGGUGGCCAAUGAUUCAAACAGACAAUUUUACAAACGCAUCAAGGGAACAGUAUUCUCCAACUGGUAUUUACGAUGACAACGAUAGUAAAUCGGAUUAUGGUUCUAGAGAUUCAGACUCCUCAGAUGUAUUAGAAAACCAGAAAAAGCGUCAAAGUGCCUUUGAAAGAUUGGGGCCACAGACUAAACAAACUAAACCCAAGUUGACCAUCAAUUUGUGUCUCGAUAAAGACCAACCUAUCAGAGAGGUAGUAACAAAGCAAGUUCCCGUGUAUGAACGAGAUGAGAUAAUGACCAGUACGGACCCAACUGUUGUGAAGUUCCGAUAUUUCUGGCCUUGGAAGAACACUAUACAGCUUAAGCGGAGUGUCACAGCACGAUCUUCGAAGACUGUGAUGAUGCUGGAGCGGGAACAAGUGGAGGAAGAAUACAAAAAUGAUAAUUUGUUCAUGAUCGUGUCUGUGGUAGGAUUCCCGCCAUCAUGGACUAAAGAAAAUGUCUUGGACGCGAUCUUAGAAGAUCUCAAAGAAAAGAGUUUCAUUCCCUGUUUUAUUGAGUUCAACUCAAAAAAUUGCAAAUUCCUAGUAAACAGAUGUCGUUCAGCGUUACUGGCACUGCAUUGGCAAGGCUUUUCAAUUCGUAAAGACGACGUCGAAUUGAUGAUAACCAUAUCGGUGACGACGUUGAAUACGAAAGUGUUGGAAUACAUCCCCCGUUUGGUGAUUAGGAAUAGGCUGAUUUUUGGUUAUGACGGCCGAAAGGUUGAUUUGAGCGAGUUCACGUUGAAAAGUGAUAUAAGUAACUUUAUAUAUUUCCCGUUGAAUCAUCCAACGAACCAAUCUGAGUUAAUAGAACUUAUACAAGGUUGUGAUUGGGAGAAUCUGGACCAGCUGAACUUAUCGCACAAUCGGCUUACGUCCAUACAAGAUUUUGAUCUCGUAUCAAAAUUACCUAAAUUACUUCAUUUAGACCUCUCAUAUAACUUACUGGAUGAUAUUCAAUCAGUGUUGCCAUUGCGAGGUUUAAUGUUGCAAUCGUUAUCGCUGGAAGGAAAUCCCUUAUGUUUGAAUUAUGUGGACGGAGAUUAUUAUAUAAAAGUGUUUAAAACACUAUUCCCCUGUUUGAGAGAAUUGGACGGCAUCUCCAUUCAAAGAGGUCGUCGAAUGCCGGAAUUGAAACAAUGCUAUUGUUUAUGUGACGCUAAACCGUUAGUUGAGAAGUUUGUGAGCUACUUCUUCAGGCUUUUGGACCUUGAGCCGGACAAACGGACUCCUAUACAGGAAAUGUAUCAUAGAGAUGCAGUGUUGACUGUUACCAGUAAGAUGAAAUUACGUUACAAUCACGAAUAUAGUCUCGUACGUCAGCUGUUCCACCGCAGUCGUUGCUUAGCGGAAGGUAAUUACGACUUCGUCCAAAGUUCGGAAAAAAUCGGUAAAUUGAUAUACAACUGGCCACAAUUACGACACGAUAUACAUUCCUUUAACAUCGACGUCAUGAUGCAUACGGAAAGACAAACUCUCCUCCAAAUUAAUGGUAUUGUCAGUACAAGAUCCGAGACGUUGUCUGACGAAGAGAAGGUCUUAGCGUUCACAAGAACUGUCCUACUUGUAUGCGAGGACGGCAUUGAGUACAAAAUCUAUAAUGAGAUGCUGUAUUGGGAUGAAGCUACAAAGGAAUGUGCCGCAAACGCCUUCACAGUUGCCAUUGUUCAAAAUAAAACACCAAGUUGCAAAUUUGAGACUCCCUUAGAUGACGAGACCAAGAAUAGUCUAAUAAACAUUUUCUCUAAAUUAACUGGUUUAAAUUCGCGGCAAAGUACAAGGUGCUUGGAAGAAAAAGACUGGGAUCUGAAAAUAGCUCUAGAAUACUUUAUGAAAUUACUUAAGUUAGACAAUAUUGAAUGUCUAACAAAUUAAUAAACUUUUGUUUACCCACCUAAACUAAAAUAAAAAAAAUCUAUGAAAUUUUUUUAAAGGCUUAUGUUAUGUAUUUGUAGAAAUUAAGAUUAUAAUUUAUAAAAAAAAAUUAGUAUUAUUAAGGAAACUGUUAUCAUUACCUUCCAUUGAA